AUGCCCGGCCUCCCUGUCACAAAUAGCUCGUGCUGCACUCCAAUUCGGCCAAAGGAAGAGUCUGCAGAAUCAGGAUGGCCACGUCCGGCUGCUCCCAUGAGACAUUUAGGCCGAAGCGCCCGCGCGAGUGGCCUGUUACAGAAUCCGGUGACCCGGCGAACUCUCACACCGUGCGAGGAUGACAACCCAUCUUACCCAAUGCCUGCCGUAUUGAUGAUAACGCGUCUAUUUCGAAACAACGUGGCUGGCCCUACCUAUCUAGGCAGGUAUCUGCGGAUAUAUGGGGUUGAGCAAGGUAUUCCAAGCAAGGUUGCCAGCAUGAUGGACAUGGUUAUUCAACCUCAUCUUAUCAACCAUUCUACUCUGUAG